AUGUCAGGGUCCCCCAAACAAGACCCUUACGCCGCUCCGCCCAUGGCCUCGACAAACAGCUUCUCCAUGGACCCCUACCAGGGAGGAGCCAGCAUGGGUCCAGCGACCAAACGAAAACGUGUCACCCGUGCCUGCGACUGCUGUCGUCACAAGAAAGUGAAAUGUGACGGCAAACAGCCGUGUAUCCAUUGCACGGUGUACUCGUACAAUUGCACCUACGAUCAGCCCAAUGUACGAAACAAGAAGGCGCCUCCUCCGUUGCCGCUGGAUCCCCAGCUGAAUCCGCUUUUGAAGCUGCUUCUGAUGAACCGCUCCCAGCUGAUGCCGAACUCGGUGCCGAAUUUGCAGCUAUGCCAGGGCUUGGUGCAGCUCUUGUUCCCCAAGUUGAACAUCAACUUGAUGGACGACCUGCGCCUGCCGUUUGACUUGCCCAAAUUGCAGCGGAUUGUGGGUUAUCUCCAGCAGAAAAACCCGGCAAACAUCAAUGUCAGGGAUAUCUCCGAUCUCUACUUGGACGCUGCGACCCCAAACGCCUCCCCCAUCAACCAGCUAGAUCCGUACGUUUCCACCACCACACUGAACGAAGACUCCAUUGGCGCAGAAAUCAAGAUUAUUUUACCUCCAAAAGAAGUGGCGCUCCAGCUUAUAUUUACAACGUGGUCCAAGGCCUGUGUCUUGUUCAGAUUCUACCACAGACCGUCGCUACUUGAAGAAGUUGAUCUUUUAUACAGCAUGGGCCCGCUCUACUACACAAACAGACAACAGAAGUUCUUGCCGUUCAUGUACUCCAUCUUGGCUUGCGGCUCGCUUUUCUCCCGUCUGCUGUAUACGAACAAUCUGUCAGACCACUCCUUGGAGGACGAUGGGUUCCGGUAUUUCCUCGAGGCCCGGAAACUCAUCGAUAUCACCAACGUCGGUGACAUUCCCUCGAUCCAAACCAUUGUCAUGAUGAUCAUCUACUUGCAGUGCCUGGCUCGUCUUUCGACCUGUUACUCGUACAUUGGUAUUGCAUUGAGAAGCGCAUUGAAGGAAGGUCUCCACAGAAACUUGUCCAUCUUUCAGUCCUCAAAACGCAAGCUAGAUCCCAUUGAGGUCGACACGAGGAAGCGUCUUUUCUAUACCAUCUACAAGAUGGACAUCUACAUCAACUCGCUUUUGGGUCUCUCUCAGUCGAUCAGCGAAGACGAGUAUGAUCAGAACUUCCCCGUGGAACUUGAUGACGAGUUCAUCACCCGUGAUAGCUACCUCUUUGACAAGCAGGAAGGUCGUCUUUCUUCUUCUGGUUGUGCAAACCACCACACCAAGCUUACGAUCAUUCUUUCCCACAUUGUCAAGGAGCUCUAUCCCAUCAAAAUCAAGUCAAAACUGCCGGAGCGUGUGGUCUCGGACAAAAUGCACGACAAGGUUACCGAGCUUGAAUUUGAGUUGAAACAAUGGCUCGAUAACCUUCCUCCAGAGCUUAAACCUACGGAUCCCAGUGACCCCGAGAGCAGCAAGAAGAUUCCUGAACGUUUCUUGCUCGCCAACUACUACCUUCAUCUACUGUUUUUGAACUGCCAAAACAACUUGUACCGUCCAUUCAUUCAUUACAUCAGUAACGGUUAUCAGGCGUCAAACUCAGAUCCUCGCUCCCUUAUCAGAGGCAGAAAUUGUAUCAAGGUUGCUCGUAUGGUUGUCAAGCUUGCAAACAAAAUGAUCAACCAGAAGCUCUUGGUUGGAACCUACUGGUUCUCCAUGUACACGAUCUUCUUUUCCAUCGCUUGUUUGAUUUACUACUACCACUUUGCCAACUACAACAACCAGCACAAGAACAAUCAAGGAAUGAACUACGCGGGCGUUUUGUUUGAUGAUGACUUGAAUAUCGAGAUGAUCAAGGAGGAUAUUGAGAUUGGACGCAAGGUGUUGGACACUUUGAAGAACAUGUCCAAUGCCUCGCUUAGGAUCUACAACAUUUUGAACAAUUUGUUUGAACAAUUAAACAGAAGAACGGCUGAUACGUCCAUGAAGACCAACUUCAGGAACAGCGCCUCUCUUGAAGCCAACGACGAGACUGUCCAACUUACGCUUCGAAACUUCGAUGAUAUCAACGACUUCCGUGACGGUGUGCGCCCUGCUGUACCACCAAUGCUGGGAGAGUUUGGCCUUAUCGAGCUGACAAAGGACACCCUUUCGAACCAGUACACUGAGCUUUUCGAUCGGAGUGCACGUAUGGCUGAAAAUGAAAAGGCAGAGGAGAGAAGAGCUCAAGAAAACUUACAACAAGACUUUGGAAACGAAUCUAACAAAGGUGCUGAUGGCCGCAGCUACAGUGACUCCGGAAAGUCCGACAAUUGCGAGAAUAACUAUGUUCCUGGUGUGAUGGAUCUGCUCGACACACAAAUUUUCGGCAGAAUCCUCCCACCAUAUAUGCUCGAGGGCAACAAAAAACAGGCUGAGUCCCAGGGGAACCAGACUGAAACAGACUACUCAGAGGUUAAGCCGGAGGAGAUGAUGAACAACUUAGGCUUGGACGAGCUUGAGAAUCUUCCCUUCGGAUCCACUUUCGACAACCUCGACCCUUACAACCUUAAUUAUUAA